UCGGUGAAAAAUCUGAUAAGUUGUAUUUUGUUCUGAUUCAGAUGGCUUCGGAUAAAAAUGAUGAUUUGCUGGAUUUGUUAGUUCAAAAUCCGGAUUCUCUUAGUCGGGAGGAUUUAGAAAAACUAUGUGAAGCAAUUAGUAAGGAUACGUUAACAACUGAAAUCGGAACUACAAGAUCUGGCGAUCUUGUCACACCGUUUCAUGGCUACGUUCCUUCAAGGGAAUCAUGUACACAGCCCGUUUGUGCGAGCGAAGUGCUCGCUGCCACAAACUCGCUGGUAGAUUUAAAUCAAAAAGAAGAUGUCGAAAAACACUCGACCCACAACAUCUUGCAGAGUUUGACAACAAAUACUCAACAAGGGAUUCGUUCAUUAAACACCGGUCCAAUAAGCUUUCGACCGAUAACAGUAAGCAUUCCACGACAGAGACCGAUUUGUUCAAUCCCUCAAGUCUCUUCUAGAGACAAUUGCCAUACUUUCCAGUAUGCUUCUAACCAUGCUACCUCAUCUGCGGAAAUGAAACGUCAUCCGGAAAAAGAAAACAGACCUCAAAUUUUAGCAAAACGAACGGCCAGUAAUGGAAUCGGCGGGAGUAACCCACAACCAAUUUACGUAAAACAUCUUGAAGAUGACGACGAAGUCAAGAUAGCGACUCUGAGAGGAGUUCCAGACAAAAACGAAGAGAAUGGAGCUGCUGUAGGAAUGCUGGUUAAUCAUCACGGAAAUAUGGCAAUCGCAUAUCCAAUCGGACCUUAUCACUCAAAUGUAUUUGAAGAUAACUUGUAUGGGUAUCGCAGAAUGCAAGUUAGGUACACAGUUCCAUGUAGCGAACAGGCGGUUGCAACUACCACAUGGCUGAUGGAAAAUUUUGAAGAAAAUUUGAUGACGACUGUACCGAGAAGCGUCAUGUACCAGGAAUAUGUACGGUAUUUCGAGAAAGACGGAAGAUUCAGACAUUUCAAUCAAGCAGUAUUCGGCAAAAUGGUCAGGUCAUGCUUCCCAAAUUUAACUACUCGACGUCUGGGUAUCCGUGGACAUUCAAGGUACCACUACGCUGGGCUGGGUGUCAAAUCAAGCUCAAUAUACGCGAAUCAUGUAUUUGCUAAACUUGAAACGAACGUUGUUAGAACAACAACGGGGCAUAAGAAGCAAAACAGUCGAGGGCAGAUGAAUGUUGCAGCUAAUGUAACAGUUGAGUGUUGCGAAGAGCAGGGAAAGAGUAAUAAAUCAACGAAAAAUAUAGAAGUCGAAAAACCAAUCCCGCCAAAAAAGAACAAAAAAUCAGGUAUUCCGACUGUAUAUCCAGGGAUGAGAGAAUUGAAGCCGAUUUUGGACAUCGAUCAUACGCGUCUCAACUCAUUUUUAAAUUUCUAUAGCAGAUAUAAUAAGCAAUUCCUAUCGUAUAUUACUGCACUGGAUCACUUGAAAACUAAGGAUCACCUGCAGAACUUCACGGUAUACUUACCAUAUGACUGUACGGAUUUAUUGCAACACCCAACUAUUGUGGAUAUCAUAAAAAUCUAUGAUACAAUAUUAUAUAAAAAAGCAACUGAAAAUCUCCUACCAGAUUGCUUGGCUUCUCUAUCUACAGAUUUCAAAGUCGCAGUUCGGAAAUUUGCAAAAACUUUUGUACAGUGGGUGCCAGAUGCGACGGCCAUUUGCGACGUGCCUGACGAAGUUCAUGAGACUAGGGUCGGUGCUGCUACGGCUUGGGGUGAUUGUGUCAGACGAAUGACGACAUUGUGUCACGUGGCAAAAGAAGCGCGAAAAGCUUUACGAGAUCAUGGACUAACAAAACAAUUACGCGUGGAUUUGGAGAUGAUAUCAAUCGAAGAAAUAGCUUUAAUGUGUGGUUGGGCUGGAAAUGAUGCCACGAUGACAGAAAAUUAUAACGUAGACGAACAUCGUGACGUCAUUACACAAGAAAUAGCUAUAGCGGAAAAAUAUUUAUCUGUAUUUAUAAGAAUGUUGAAGGAGCACGCUGCCAUCGAAGAAUACAUUACUGUCUUAGAUGCGAUCGUCAGCGAACAUGGCGGUGCACCAAAUAUAGACUAUAACCGUGAAGAUGAUACCAGAAAAAGAAGAGCGGCUAUUUCACAACAAUUUUUGAUGAAAUGGGCACUUUAUACAAGUAAAAUGCUCAGCGAAAUUACUUUGCGAACGAGCGGAUCUGUCGGAACAUUUCAUCUUGUAUCGCUCCUGUUUGGAGACUACGUCAGUCACUCACUCUGCACUCAGAACGAGGAAGUUGUUUUCAUGAAAGUAUACAAGAGGAUUAUAAACGAAGCCAUGGCUCAAGAUUAAGAUGACUACUGGAAGAAUGUCAGCUUGCCAUGGAAGAACAUAAGCCAAGCUGUCAUCCACGAAUCUGUAUGUGUUAUACUAAAGUAUUUUUUUGUUUAUUGGACUUCCGUAUUAUUUCGUUUUAAAUUAUUGUUAAUUUUAUACAAAAUAUAUAUUGAUUUAUUUUAAUG